AUGGAGAAAUCCACUGACCAGACAAACAAGGAAAACAGAUUGUCAGCUCCCGGAGCACUGCAGGCUGAGGCAGACAGUCCUGCAUCCGCGGCGGGAGGUGCUGCAAAAAGGAGCAGAGCAGGAUCCAUAACACAAAAUUCAAAACACAAGAAGAGAGUGGGAUUCACUGAAGAGUGUACUGAAGAAAUGGAGAGACCUUCAGGAACAGAGAGGGACAGUCCUGCUGCCUUUGAACCAGCAGUUUUGGAACAAGACUCUCCAAACUCAAGGCCACUUGCUGUGCCAGUGAACACAAACUCUCCUGAAAUGAGCACUUUGGAACUGAACCACCAGUGCUCAGACACAGCCACUCUGGAUAUGGACUGCAUGAUCUGCUUCAACAAGUACAGCAUCUACAGAGUCCCAAAGCUCCUGGACUGCCAGCACACCUUCUGCGCCGUCUGCCUCAAGCUGAUCCUCAGGAAAGAGGAGAACAUCUGGAUAAUCACCUGCCCUCUUUGCAGAAAACCCACCUUUGUGUCAGGAGGGCUCAUCCGCACAUUGCAGAAUAAAGAAGACAUCCUGGAGUGCUUGGAGAACCUUGAUUCAAACCCUGAGGUGUACAUCUGUGCCAUUGGACUGGAUGGCAACAGCUGGACUCAGAGCAGGCAAGACAUUUUAACCACAGAGGAAAACAGCCCAGGACACAGGAGCCUGGCCGUGCAGAGACUCGUGCUGCUCCUGCUGCUUGGGGUGAUCCUCGCCAUGCUCAUCCUCCCAUUUAUGUACUCGGGGAGCGUGAAAUGGGUAAUUUGUCUCCUGCUUACUUUGGGGUUGCUCAUGUCUCUGAUGCUUUGCUGCACUCCUAAAGUCCACUGUAGGUGCAAGAAGGACUCCCCCACCUCCUGUAACAAGGAGAUCCAGGUCGUUACUGUUGCCUGA